UUCCGUCCCAGAUGAGCGUCAGUCAGUCAGUCAGUCGGUGACGGACCUCAGAACCGGAGCAGCACCGGAUCAUGCGCGCACUCACCGCGUCCUGACAGCUGCACGCGGCUCGGUUCCGGUGUCGGCGAGCGAGAUGGACGGAGGAGAGAGGAAGGAUGUGAAGCUCUCUGCUGAAGUAGAACCGUUUAUCCCUCAGAAGAAAGGUGUUGAAGCGUCAUUAUUACCCAUGAGUCUGUGCGGUGAGGGUGGAGCUGAGCCCACACAAAUCCCCUCCUACCUGAUCACCUGCUACCCCUUCGUACAGGAGAAUCAGAACAACAGUCGGCAGAUGCCUGUGUAUAACGGAGAUCACCGCUGGCAGCAGCUGAACCCGAGCCCCGGCGGGCCGUACCUGGCGUACCCGAUCCUGUCGUCCCCGCAGGCCCCCGUCUCCAGUGAUUACCCCACGUACUACCACGCCAUCAUGCCCACACCCUGCCCUCCUGUCAUGGGCUUCUACCAGCCCUUCCCGGGGACGUACACGGGGCCCCUGCAGGCCGGCGCGCUCAACCCCGUCUCCGACUGCAGCCAGACGCAGAGAGGGAGAGGCGUCUCACGAAACCCCGUCCUAAACAAGCAGCCAGUGGCUCAGCCAAUGAGAGGCAAGCGUCCCGUGAUGCGGAGCGUGGCGGUUCAGAAGGAGGUGUGUGCCGCCGGGCCUGAUGGGAGAUCCAAGACGGUGCUGCUGGUGGAUGCAGCACAGCAGACAGAUUUCCCCGGCGAGGCGUCUGGCAGCGUCAGAUGUGCGUCGGAUCAGGCGAGUCCUCAGUGGAAGAAUAAAGCUGGGCGCAGACACACAUCUCAGCAGGAGUCGUCCAGCGAGCAGGGAGCCAGCGAGGCCGACAUCGACAGCGACAGCGGCUACUGCAGCCCCAAACACAACCAGGGAGCCGCCAACACCUCCACCAAUCAGCACACGGCCGCCGCGGUACGUUCAGCUCGUCUGGCCUGAGACACAUGUCUGUUAGACUUCAUUAUAGUGAGGAGGAAUGUGUGUUAUCGUCCCUCAUUUGAUUUCAGCGAAUCAGUACGAGCGAACGCACACAACCUGAUUAAUAUUUAUGAAUCCAGCAGCUUGUUAAUCCUUAGUGCGUUUUAUAUUGUUCUUAUUAGUGUAUAUAGAGGGUUGGACCUUCAAAAUGAUCUAUGAUUUGUUGGAAUCAGACACACACACAAGUCACAAGACACAAGUCACACACAAGUCGACAAAGUCAGUUCUGAGAAAAAUCAAGUUAAAGUUUUCCAAAGCAAAAUUAGCUAGCAACAUUGCAUUGUUUCUUCCACUUCCUUU